GCAGGAGGGAGCAACAGCAAUCUGUUGUUUGUAGUUCCGAUUCUUCUCAACUUUUUGGUAGGUACAAGCGAGACAGCCCCUGGCCUCCCUCACCGCCUUCUUCUUCCUCCACCUCCUCGUCGACGCGUGGGAGACGAGCGCCAAAAUGGAGCGUGUGCCUUUAAGGCCUGUGCCUGACGCCCCGUAUUAGCCCACACGCACGCGCGCGCGCACGCACACACGCUGUCCGAACCGAACCCAACCGAACCAGUCGGGAAGAACCGACUUCUCAGCGCGUCCUGGUGUUCCGGUGCUGUGCUGGUGAGCCGUCAGGAUGAGGCCUGGUCAGCUGAUCCGUCCUGCCUCUGCCGCCUCCGUCACACUUCUCUUUCUCCUCUCAGCGCUGUCUCUGACCUCCGGUUGCAACAAGGCUCUGUGCGCCAGCGACGUCAGCAAGUGCCUCAUCCAGGAGCUGUGCCAGUGUCGCCCCACCGACGGCAACUGUUCGUGCUGCAAGGAGUGCAUGCUGUGCCUGGGCAACCUGUGGGAGGAGUGCUGCGACUGCGUGGGAAUGUGCAACCCGAAGAACUACAGCGACUCUCCGGCCACAUCCAAGAGCACGGUGGAGGAGCUGCACCGGCCCAUCCCGUCGCUCUUCCGCGCCCUCACAGAGGGCGACGCGCCCGUCAACAUGAUGGUGGUCUCCUUCCCCGUGGCCGAGGAGCUGUCCCACCACGAGAACCUGGUCUCCUUCCUGGAGUCAUUGGACGGCCCGCACCAGAACGUGUCUGUGCCCGCCAAUAGUAUCCACGCCAGUUACGACGCACAAGAGAACAUAUGCACGGUGGUGUACUUUGACGACUGCGUGUCCAUCCGGCAGUGCAAAAUGUACUGCGAGUCCAUGGGCGGCUCCAAGUACCGCUGGUUCCACAACGCCUGCUGCCAGUGCAUUGGGCCCGAGUGCGUCGACUACGGCAGCAAAGCCGUCAAGUGCAUGAACUGUCUCUUCUGAAAAGUUCCCGUCCCGGGCCCCCGGAACUGCUCCACGGGACUCAAAAUCCCUUUUCAUACUGACAUUUUCCCACCUUUCCAGUGUCACUCUUCUUUGUUAAUGGCACCAGCACCUGAAAUUGGUAGGACAAAGUCAGCCCAGCAAUUUUCUGCCUUAUUGGAGCCGUAACAGAGGCAGGACCUGGUGUGAGAAAAUGCCACAAUGCCAUUUAACACCUUUGUCAUUUCUCUCGCCUUGUGUUGAAAGCAAUUAUCUGACAAAGGAUUUGACACGUUUCACCAGACACUGGCAAUUUUCCGCCUUUGCUAGGUGGUGUCCAAGCUGUAACAGAGGCCGGGUGCCGAGAUUAUAAAUGGUAUUCUGAAACCCUUCUCCCAACAUGUUAUGUUGAAAGCUAUGUCUGACAACUAUUUAAUGCAUCUAUUACAUCUAAUUAUCGGGUUGCGGUAUCAAUUCUCGUGUGAAAGUCCACACAGGCACUUCAAUAUCUCACAUUUGCUGGGUUCUGUGUGAAAAGCAAAGGCGCAUAAAUGGAAAAUCUUUUUGGCGCAGUUGUAUAAAAGGCAAAGGCAGAUAAAUUAUUUUUCUGUUACAGGUCUGAUGCAGGAAAUCUGCAGGCUAUCUGCAUAAAAGUCUAAGAUGGAUAAAUCCCUAAUCUUCUGUUACGACUCGGAUGCAGCGGUUUUGCAGGAUUCUCUGUGUAAAAGUCAAAGCCAGAUAAAUACCAAAUAUUUUGUUACCGCUCAAUGCUGGAAAUUUGUAGGAUCUCGCGUAAAAGGCAAAGCCAGACAAAUACUGGAUAUUUUGUUUUGGCUCUGAUGCAGUCAAUUUUCAGGUUCUCUGUGUAUAAGGCAAAAAAAAAAAAAAAGAAAAUUGAAUCUACCUUUAGAUUCAAUUUUCGUUAUUUUGUUUUGGCUCCAAAGCAGGAAUUUUGAAGGAUCUCUGUAUAAAAGGCAAAGGUGGAUAAAUUCUGGGUUUUUCAAUUUCUGCUCCGAUCCAGGACUUUUGCAGGCUCUCUGUGUAAAAAGCAAAGGCAAACAAAUGCUGAAUUUUCUAUUGUGACACUAGUGCCGGAAGUUUGCAGCAACUUUGAGUUAAAGGAAUGAAUACCGGAUAUUCUGUUACCAGUCGAUGCAGGAUCUUGGUGUAAAAAGCAAAGGCGGACAGUGGAAAAUCUUUGCAAUUAGUAUCCAACAAUCUCCUGCUGCUUUGCUGGAUUCAGUGUAAAAGGUGGAUACCUUUUUUUAGUAUUAUUUUUUUUUAUGUUACAGCGCUGAUGCACACAUGACUGUUUAGUAAACUCGCCCUUCGUCACAGUGUUUACUCUGCUGUUGUGUUCCACUGUAUAUUUUCUGAUAGGUUUUCAAUCGUGUUUCUUUUAAGUCGAAGUGUACGUGAUACUAGGGUUAGGGCUGAUGAUGUCUAAUGUAUUUUUACAUGCGCUAGUCUUCCCACUUCUCACACCAAAAUAAAACCUUUUGGGUGACGUGGACUACAAGAGGCCUUCUCCGUCGGGGAAACUUUGCUCCUGGCCACAGUGUGUGUGCGUGUGUGUGUGUGUGUGUGUGUGUGUGUGCACGCUAAUGUUAGCCUUGCGACAGGAAACACAUCAUUUCCUGCACAAACAAGGCUGUCAUUAUGUUAUUCUGGUCCGGUUUCUGGGUCCACAGGUGUUCCACAAGUAGAGAAAGGGAGAAAGUUUCUCUGUGCCAAUCGCCCAACAAACGCUCCUUUGCUGCAGGCAGCAGGGCUGCGUCCAGCCCAGACGACUCCUUGGGUCACUCGUUGGUGGACACUUCAGGAUGGGGGGAUGGGGUUACUUUUUAAAAGCCUAUUUAUAACCGCCCAAACAUAGUCUCCCCGAUCCAUUUUUUACAAACCCCAAUUCCAAUAAAGUCGGGAGCUUGUGUAAUAUGUAAAUAAAAACAGAAUACAAUGAUUUGCAAAUCCUUUUCAACCUGUUCACCUGUGGAACAUUCCAAACAGGUUUAUUUGGUUGUUGUUUUUUU